CGACGUGUCAAAGCAAAGGAGCGGAUCGCCACUGAAACAUGGGAACUGGUUAAGCGCAAAAUUGUGCAGGAAUGGAGUCCUGAGCAGAUAGCAGGGUGGUUAGAAAAGGAAGGUCAACCAAGAGUGAGUCACGAGCGAAUUUAUCAGUACCUGUUAAAAGAUAAGCAGUUGGGUGGCAAACUGUACAAGUCGCUACGGAAUCAACAGAAACGACGCAAACGGUACGGAAGUUAUGACCGCAGAGGCCAGCUACCAGAGAGAGUCUCGAUUGAUGAACGUCCUCAGAUUGUCGAGGAGCGCAGACGAAUUGGUGAUAUGGAGAUUGAUACCGUGAUUGGCAAAGGGCAUCAAGGGGGUCUCGUGACCAUUGUCGACCGCACCUCGCGUUACACGUUUAUCCAGCGAGUGACAAGCAAACAAGCCCAAGAAGUC